AUGACAAGAAACCAACAUGCAAAGGGCAAACGAGCGAAACCAGCAGGAAAAAAAGAGAAUGCUUCCCUUCCAUCGUACCAUAGUUUUCCUGAUGCAGCUGAAGUGGUUUCGUUACGCUCCAACCUUUUAAAGUGGUAUGACGACGAGAAAAGGGAGCUGCCAUGGAGGACUCUGGCGAUAACAGAGGAAGACCUGAACAUCAGGACAUAUGCAGUGUGGGUGUCUGAAAUCAUGCUACAGCAGACUCAAGUUGUAACUGUUAUUGAUUACUAUAACAAAUGGAUAAAACGAUGGCCAACCGUAAAGGACCUAGCAGCUGCCACUCUAGAGGAAGUGAACCAAAUGUGGGCGGGGCUUGGCUACUAUUCACGGGGCAGACGACUUCAUGAAGGAGCUCAAAAGGUGGUUUUGGAGUUGAAUGGACAGAUGCCUCAGACGGUGGACAGCCUUCAGAAGCGCCUGCCCGGGGUUGGGCGCUACACUGCAGCUGCUAUAGGCUCCAUAGCACUGGGGCAGGUUGCAGGAGUCGUCGAUGGAAAUGUAAUCCGUGUCUUAUGUCGAUUACGAGCAAUUGGAGCCGAUAGCACAAGUCCAACCGUGAUAGAGGCCUUGUGGGAGAUAGUUAAUUUGCUAGUUGACCCAAGCAGACCUGGAGAUUUUAACCAGGCCAUGAUGGAGUUGGGGGCUUGCAUUUGCACUCCUAAGGCUCUCUUCUGCCACAAGUGUCCCAUACAGACCCACUGCCAUUCCUAUCAAAAGGUCAAUUACACUCCAGAACAAAACACGAAUAAGCUUGUGGGGAAGACAAGAAAAAGAUCUGCUGUCCCUGACAUAGAGGAGUGUGUGAGCAGCGAUGCAUGCUCACUUUGUCCAUUGGAGCCCUGGGAAAAUGAACUUGGGGUAACGAAUUUUCCCAGAAAACCAUCGAAGAAGCCCCCGCGAGUGGAGAGGACUCUCACCUGUGUGGUCAGACGCAGCAGAGAGGGACAGGACCAGUAUCUGCUCACACAAAGACCCAACAAAGGUUUGCUGGCGGGGAUGUGGCAGUUUCCUUGUCUCUCAAGAAUAGAAAAUGUUGAUGUUGACCAGAAGAGGGUGCUGUUGUGCAAUGAGAUUUGCAGAAUACUGGGAAAGAGCCCUUCUGAGGACCUCAUUCAGUUUGUGGGAGAGGUGGUCCACAUCUUCUCACACAUCCAUCAGACGUAUGAAGUGUCCAGCAUGUGUUUAGAAGAGCAGCACUGUGAGCCCCUCUGUGAGAACGCUCAGUGGUUCGGUCGAUCAGCUCUCCUGGAAGCAGCCGUUUCAACAGGAGUGAAAAAGAUUUUGCAGCUUUAUGAUUCUGUGGAAAGCAGCAAACAUCAAACCAAACCUGAACUCCAAAAGAAGAAAACGGCAGAGAUGACCUCCGUGUGGCGACGCUUCCUGACGUGGUUCCAGCGCUCACUGCAGAAUGGAGACAAAAGGACGGACCCCUGGCUGCUGGUCUACUCCCCGCUCCCUGUGGCUCUCAUCUUCGUGCUCUACCUCUCGGUGGUCUGGGCUGGUCCCAAACUCAUGAAACACAAACAACCCAUUGAGCUCAAACUUGUCCUCAUCGUUUACAACUUUGCCAUGGUUUGCCUCUCUGUGUACAUGUUUAAAGAGUUCUUGGUUACUUCUUGGCUCUCUAACUACAGUCUCCUUUGCCAACCUGUGGAUUAUAGCACACAUCCACUUGCAAUGAGGAUGGCCCGAGUGUGCUGGUGGUUUUUCUUCUCUAAAGUCAUCGAGCUCAUUGACACGAUCUUUUUCAUUUUGAGAAAAAAGAAUAACCAGCUGACUUUUCUUCAUGUCUACCACCACGGCUCCAUGAUCUUCAACUGGUGGGCUGGGGUCAAGUACGUGGCUGGAGGACAGUCUUUUUUCAUCGGCCUCGUCAACACUUUUGUGCAUAUAAUCAUGUAUUCGUACUAUGGUCUGGCUGCCAUUGGACCUCACAUGCAGAAGUAUCUAUGGUGGAAGAAAUAUCUGACCUCCCUGCAGCUGACGCAGUUCUGCUUGUUCCUCUUGCACACGGGCUACAACCUGUUCACAGACUGUGACUUUCCGGACAGUAUGAAUAUUGUGGUGUUUGGGUACUGCAUCACCCUUAUUAUCCUCUUCAGUAACUUCUACUAUCAGAGCUACCUCAACCAGAAGAAGCAGAGAUGA